AACAAACGAGAUUUAAAGCAGCACGCCACAGCACGCAGUCAGACGCAGUGAAAUAAAUUUAAAAUUUUAACAAACUCAACAACAACUGGUGUUGAGUUACACGGAUUCUAACUGUCGAAGCAGUAAGCAGUGGUCAUAAGAAGAGGCAACUCCGUGCCGGCAACACAAAACUUUGCUUGAAAUUUCCGAAAUUUCUUCCCUCAGGACCAUCAGAUUCAAAGUAAAUUUUUUAAAUAUUAUACAUGAUUGAAAAAUAUGGCAAAGAAGAGCUCUUCCCCAAAUAUGAGGGAAUUUGAGGGCACGGCAAAAGAUUUUUUUGAAUCGCAGGGCUUCACACUCAAUACACUAAAGUUUCUCAAUAUCAAUGAAGGCAAAACUCAAAAUGCUAAAAAGCCUGGCAGUAGCCAGCCUGGCCGGCCAAGUCGUGCCCCUCAACAACCUGGAGCUGGAGUAGCAGCACCCAAAUCUGGUGAUGGUGAUGGACAACAAUACAUGCCUGUGUCUAGAAUGCCAUGGAUCCCUGCCAAAGUUGGCAAAAUAAAGAUGCAGGAUUCAUUUUUCUUCAAAGAAAUGAUGAUUGCCAGGAAGGACAAAGGCACACUUGGCUUGCAGCUGCAUUGGCUGUUGAACCAGACAUUCCCUUACUAUUUGCCCAAAAGGUAUCACCAGAUGGACUGCAAAGCUUUGCAACAAUGCUCGCCAAAUGGUCGAUACUGGGCAAACGCUUCGUACUACAUGCAUUGCACUCAAGCUUACGGUGGAAUGUACAUGCUUGCUAUUGAUGAUGUGCUUCGAUCUGAAGAUCCAUUUUUCAAAAAAGGCGAGGAAGUUACUGUGCGCCCGUUCAUGAUCCCUGAAUGGAAGAAGAAAACAUUUGAAGGAAGGCUGGAUCUGUGCGAGUCGUCUGAUGAAAUCCUCUUUGACCCUUGGCUGAUUCUGCAACUGCCCUACAGCAGCAGGCUCUUGCAACAGUGGUAUGUUGCUUUCCUGGCUGAAGUGUUACGUUUCCAGAGGGAAGUUGCCGAUUUUCACUUCAUGACAGUGCCAAAAGAACUGGAGCCAGUUGCGUUCAAGCUUGGGCAGCUAAAUAAUGAGUUGACCAGACAUGCUGUUUCUGUGUGCAGAAAACUAAGCAUGGUCAUUAAUCAGUGUGAGCCAACUGGACAAAUUGCCUUCUUUCUCCAAGGCAGCCUUGGCAAAGUAAAAAGCUACUUUUCUGUAACCCUGGCAAUGUUGAGGUUUAUCACUAGUGACGAAUGCAAAAAGCUGAUGAAAGCUUUAAAGCAGAUGGCCUGGAAUGGCAGAAGCUCCACUGAAAAUCGGUACGAAACUUUUAAAGAAAACCUUCGGCAUGGUGACCUGUAUCACUUCAUGAGUCUUGGAGAUGUUCCUCAUCCAUUUGCUUACAAAUACUGGAAAAAGAGCUCUUUGGGAAUCCCAAAAUUUGAAGACCUGGAUGCUGAUGUAUCUAUAGAAAUGGAAAAGGAACAUAUUGAGCUGCAGUAUGAAGUGGAAAUCUGGAAGAGCAUCAGAGCCAUCAACCCAAAUGACGUGCUUAAGUUUGUGGAGGAGAAGGUCAUCAAGGCUGGAAAGUUGACGGGCGCAAGUCAAGAGGCAAUGAUUAGGGAGCUGAGGAAUAAAUCUGUACCUGAUGAUGAUUAUAAACUGAUGGGACACUGCUACUUGAUGUACCACCACUUUCUUGCAACAAGCAGCAAGGAGGAAGGUUUGCGAAACGCCGAUUUUGGUGUGAUCUACCAGCUAAACACUUUGUUUGGGGAUUUGCACCUGGCUGUAGCUCAGGCUGCCCUAGUUGAGAUUACAGAGCUUGUCAUCAACUCCAAAGGGAAAAUCAAAGUCUUCAAAAUUUUUGAACCAGACAACAGUGUCCCUACCCUGUCAAUAAAGCAGAUGUUACGCACAUUGGAAAACGUUAGUCAGGACAAAAGCUGGGAGUUUGAUAAGUUGCUCAAAGGCCUGCAAAAUGAGUGUGCCAGGCUCAAAGCUAAGCCUGGUGAUUACCCAAAUCUGGAAUAUGGAAAUGAUAGAAUUGUGCAAAUCUUGGAGGCCAGAAUCAAGAAAAUUUUGUUGGAGAUGAUUGAAGGUCCUAUGGGACAAUUCGCCGGCCCUAUUCGUCUUUAUGGAGAGAUGUCAGCUGUCCAGUACAUUCUGCCUUGCUUUGUGGCUUCGUUCCUCGACAUGGACGCUGAUCCUUCAGUUUCUGUGGCAUCUAAGAGACAGUACCUUGACUUCGUUCAUCAAAUGAUCAAGACCUAUGAGACGUGCAAAUACUAUGAGUGCCACAAAAAACAUAACCACUUUGUCAACCGAACAACCAGACUUCUUGAUACUUAUGGCCAAUUCACUGUCAUUUCCCGAGUUAAUGUGGACCUCGAUAAAGCAAUGUCGGGAGUUCUCAACUUGAUGCCACGAAGAAUCAAUUAUCUCCUUAAAGAAAAGUUCCUUUUCGUUCUGCUUUCCACAGUCAUGCGGCAAUGUGACCAUGAUACAGAGUACGACAUCAAGUUCUCCUCAUUCUCUUGGCCCUUGCAGUUUUACCAUUUGAUGUGCAGGAUGCUUUCUGCUGUGGAAGCUGUCGAUCCAGAAGCCUAUAACUCUGUUGACCUGUCCAUUGGUCACUGCUACAAAGCCUUCUUGUUUGCAUCAAUGGUUGAAGACUUGGGAGUUACACAUCCAGUAGUCGAAAUGAUCGAUCCCAUGUUGAAAGAAGCUGGCUACCGGUGGAACAGCAAGUUUCGUGGAGAACCAGUGGUGUUGCGAGCUUUUGAGAACACAACCAUGGAGCAGCUGCUCGGAAUCAUCUUGUACACAUAUUUGAGAAAUCUAGACUUGAUUGCUACACCCAUAAAACCUAAGCAGUUUGAAUUUGUUCAGCGCUUCACUCCAGACCCUGUUCAGGUUGCCUUCUUUAACGUGAUGGAGGGGAAGUUGUGGGAGCUCAAGCUGAUGGUGUCCAAAUGGCUGAGUGCCAAAAAUGGAGAGCUAAAUCUUUCCAUGAUCACUUUCAAGGAGGCCAAGGCUCGAGAGAACUGCUAUAAAAACGUGUUGAGCACCCUGACUCCGGACGGAAAGGUGCAAAUGAAGAAGCCAGGGCAGAUCAACUUCUGUCCAAUUCAGCACUGUCGUUGGUGUGGACAGGCUGAGGGUGUGAAGAAUUUCAUUCUGUGUGAUAUGUGCUUGGAUACCCCGGAGUACCCAGACAAAAAUUUCUUCUGCUCGAUGGAUUGCUCGAAUGCCAUGCAAGAGCAGCACAAAGAUGAGCAUGAAGAGUUUCUCCUGAAAAGGCUUACCUUGAGCUUUUGAAUUUCUUACCACAUUUAAAGUUAAUUUUCAUAUUAAAGCUAUUCAAAUGCUCAGCAUAAUGAAAUUAAAAGUAUUAUCGAACUGUAUACAAAACAAACAGACUGAAAUUUGUAU